UUUUGUUGAUAUUAGUAUAUAUAAAUUGCUUUAAUAACCUCACGUUUAAAUCACGUUUCUACUUUGCGAUAUCAGUAAUUUCUUAUAGCAGCACAUUUUGAUAUGCAGUGUGAUCCAAUUGACCUCAAAAGUGAAGAAACAACGAUUAAUAUAAAUUAUCCUGUAUUGAAAUCAUUUCUGGUUGGUUCUUUUUCUGGUACUUUUUCAACAAUUUUAUUUCAACCACUUGAUCUAAUCAAGACAAGACUUCAAAAUAGAGUAAACAAUCAUGUAGGAUAUCAAAGAAAUAGUAUGGUAACAACUAUAGUCUCUAUUGUUCAGAAGGAAAAUAUUUUUGGAUUAUGGAGGGGUAUAACACCUUCAAUGACCAGAGUAAUUCCAGGAGUUGGAUUAUACUUUUCGACUUUAUAUUGGCUAAAAAGUUCACUAGCUUUGAGAGAGCCACUCACGCCUUUCCAAGCAAUUACAUUGGGAAUUACAGCAAGAACUAUAUCCGGAGUCAUAUUAAUUCCAAUAACAGUUAUCAAGACAAGAUACGAGAGUGGGGUAUAUAAAUACAACAGCAUAAGAGAAGCUCUUAGAUUGAUUCAUAAAUACGAGGGUAUUAAAGGACUUUCAAGCGGGCUUGUUCCAACUCUAUUGCGUGAUGCACCAUACAGUGGAUUAUACCUAAUGUUUUAUACAGAACUAAAAAAACUAACUUCUAACCAAUUCCCUCGAUAUGGUGAUCUAUUAACUAUUCACUUUGGUUGUGGAGUGACAGCUGGUAUUCUUGCUUCUUUAAUUACACAUCCUGCAGAUGUAAUUAAAACAAAGAUGCAACUAUACCCUGAUAAAUACAAGAAUUUAAGAAGUACAUUCUUCUUUAUGUAUUCUAAAUUUGGAAUAUUUGGGUACUUUGAAGGUAUAGUACCUCGCAUGAUAAGAAGAACUUUAAUGACUGCUAUGGCAUGGACUGUAUAUGAACAAAUUACACUAUCUGUAGGAUUAGCAUAAAAUUGUAUAUUAUUUAGAAACAAACUUUUAUACCAUUUGCAGUAUUAGGAGUGGUUAAAUUAUUAGAUUAUUGUGUA